UCAUUCUUUUUACACCUACACUCUUUCAGCAGAAACUCCUCUUAUUAUUUAAGUGAAUUUUCACUUAUCUCUUUCCAUAUCCAAGCACUCCACAUAAUCCUAGCGGUAAGCUAGAAGCUAGAAAAAGAAAUUAAGAAUGUGGAAAUUGAAGAUUGCUGAAGGACAAGAUGGGCCAUAUUUGUAUAGCACAAACAACUAUGUUGGAAGGCAAAUGUGGGAGUUCGACCCAAAUGCUGGAACACCAGAACAAUGGGCUGAGAUCGAAGAAGCCCGUCAGCAAUUUUGGAACAAUCGUUAUAAAGUCAAGCCGAGUGGCGAUCUUCUUUGGCGAAUGCAGUUUCUUGGAGAGAAGAAUUUCAAGCAGAGAAUUCCAGCUGUUAAAGUAGAAGAAGGUGAAGAAAUAACCCAUGAAGUUGCAACAAUUGCAUUAAGUAGAGCUGUUCAUUUUUAUUCAGCCUUACAGGCUAGUGAUGGCCAUUGGCCUGCUGAAAAUGCUGGCCCUUUGUUCUUUCUUCCACCUCUGGUUAUAUGUAUGUAUAUCACUGGCCAUCUUAGUACUGUUCUCCCAGCUGAACAUCGUAAGGAAAUUCUUCGGUAUAUAUACUGUCACCAGAAUGAAGAUGGUGGAUGGGGUUUGCACAUAGAAGGUCAUAGUACUAUGUUCUGUACAGCUCUGAGUUACAUAUGCAUGAGGAUCCUCGGAGAAGGACCAGAUGGUGGUGAAAAUAAUUCCUGUGCAAGAGCAAGAAAAUGGAUUCUUGAUCAUGGUAGUGUCACUGCAAUUCCUUCUUGGGGAAAAACAUGGCUUUCGAUUCUUGGAGUUUUUGAGUGGUUUGGAACCAACCCAAUGCCACCUGAGUUUUGGAUUCUUCCAUCUUUUCUUCCCAUGCAUCCAGCAAAAAUGUGGUGUUACUGUCGAACGGUUUACAUGCCAAUGUCUUAUCUCUAUGGGAAGAGAUUUGUUGGUCCAAUUACACCUCUCAUUUUGCAAUUGAGGGAAGAGUUAUAUGAUCAACCAUACGAUGAAAUUAACUGGAAAAAAGUGCGCCAUGUAUGUGCAAAGGAGGAUAUCUAUUACCCUCAUCCAUUGGUUCAAGAUUUGAUGUGGGACAGUCUCUACAUAUGUGCUGAGCCUCUAUUGACUCGUUGGCCUUUCAACAAGCUGAGAAAUAAAGCUCUUGAAGUUACCAUGAAACACAUACACUAUGAAGACGAGAAUAGCCGGUACAUCACCAUGGGAUGUGUCGAAAAAGUAUUAUGCAUGCUUGCUUGUUGGGUUGAGGAUCCGAAUGGCGAUUAUUUCAAAAAACAUCUUGCUAGGAUCCCAGAUUAUUUAUGGGUAGCAGAAGAUGGAAUGAAAAUGCAGAGUUUCGGUAGUCAAGAAUGGGAUACUGGUUUUGCUAUUCAAGCACUAUUGGCCAGUGAGAUGAAUGAUGAAAUAGCAGAUACUCUUAAAAAAAGACAUGACUUUAUAAAACAAUCUCAGGUGAAGGACAAUCCUUCUGGUGAUUUUAAAGGGAUGUAUCGGCAUAUCUCAAAAGGAUCAUGGACUUUUUCAGAUCAAGAUCAUGGAUGGCAAGUCUCUGAUUGCACCGCCGAAGGAUUAAAGUGCUGCCUUCUCUUCUCUACGAUGCCUCCUGAAUUAGUCGGCAAAGCAAUGGAGCCAAGGCGACUGUAUGAUUCGGUGAAUGUCAUUCUUUCAUUACAGAGCAAAAAUGGGGGUUUAGCAGCAUGGGAGCCUGCAGGGGCCUCAGAAUAUUUGGAGUUGCUCAAUCCGACUGAAAUUUUGGCGGACGUUGUUAUCGAGCACGAGUAUGUCGAGUGCACUGCCUCAUCAAUUCAAGCACUCGUUCUGUUUAAGAAGCUAUACCCUGGACACCGAACCGAGGAGAUCAACAGUUUCAUUGAUAAUGCUGUUAAAUAUCUUGAAGAUGUACAAAUGCCUGAUGGUUCAUGGUACGGUAAGUGGGGUGUGUGCUUUACAUAUGGUUCCUGGUUUGCUCUUGGAGGGCUUGCUGCAGCCAGCAAGAGUUACAGCAACUGCGCAUCUGUUCGUAGAGGUGUUGAUUUUUUGCUAAGAACGCAAAGGUCCGAUGGUGGUUGGGGAGAAAGCUACCGUUCUUGCCCAGACAAGGUAUAUAGAGAACUUGAAACAAAAGACUCAAAUCUUGUACAAACUGCAUGGGCAUUGAUGGGAUUGAUUCACUCUGGCCAGGUUGAUAGAGAUCCGAGGCCCCUUCACCGAGCAGCAAAGUUGUUGAUUAAUUCUCAGACGGAAGAUGGUGACUUCCCACAGCAGGAAAUAACUGGAGCUUUCCUGAAGAAUUGCAUGUUACACUAUGCAGCAUACAGAAAUAUAUAUCCAUUGUGGGGUUUGGCAGAAUACCGCAAAAAUGUCUUAUUACCAUUACAAAACAACUAAAUAUAUGUGAAUGCAGCCUUGUUCAAAGAGAGAUAUGAAAGGAAUCUGCCCGAUAGAAUGCAAUUUGGCCCUUAUUUUUCCCCCGAAAUAAUGUAUUUUAAUUUUUUGCUGUGUUAAUGUAAGUGAUGUAACAGAGUCAAAAAGCAUAGCCUGAGCUAUUGUUAUUAUUUUGUAUGCAUAAUUUGCGAAUAAAGAAAAUUACCCAAGAAAAUGCCUUGCUCUUGUUUCACCUCCCCCUCCCUCUAUUUAUUUUUUAUUUUUUAUGCAUUAUUCAUGAACAAGGUGGUCUGGGUGAAAUUCAAGAUUUUACCGUCUUGCAUAUCAGUCGACUUUGUAACAUUUUGAAGGAAUUCUGUAGUAACGUAGUGUGAGGUACACUAAGCGUUGUGGUGGGAUAAAUAUGGUCACUCUGCUCUUAACCAGAGGUCUCAAACUAGAGCCGUGGAUAUAGAAAAAUCAUAUAGGUAGCGUUUCACCCUUUAAUGGACGGCCUUACAUGACGCCAAUCCAGAUUAGUCGAGCUUCAAUGCAGGUACCGGACAUUGGGGAGGGAAACUUUUUUUUUCUCUUUUUAUUUUUUUGCCGCCCCCCACCCCCAGUUUUCACAAAAAGAACGUAUAGUGAGGCAUAAAUUCCAUGUGGGUAGUGAUUACACUAUCAAAACCUUACUCGUUUUCUGCAAUUUUUUCAACAAUUAAUUAAGGCACGCUUUUCUUGCAAUUUUA